AGCAGUCGGAGCUGUCGGGAGGGGGGUGUUUUUGAGGCUCGAGAGGGAGGACCGGACUGUCCGCUCUCGCUAUUGUCUGCAGAAAGGGAGAGGCAGCCCAGCCCAGGGACAGAGGCGCUGAGAGUGAGAGUUGGAGGGGGUGGUGUGGACGGUGUGAAGAGGGUGCAGCAGCAGCGGCGGUGGGGUGGGUGUGUGAGCGGAGCGAGGAUGCACUAAGAGCGGCUGAGCCCGCUGCUCCUCUCCCCAGUCAGUGCGCUCGGUCCCCGGGCAGCCUCCGGCCACGAUGAUGGAGCUGGACGAUGGCGUGGUCUACCAGGAUGACUGCUCGGUGUCCGUCAUGUCCGAGCGGGUCUCCGGCCUCGCCAACAGCAUCUACCGGGAAUUCGAGAGGCUCAUCCACAAAUACGACGAGGAGGUGGUGAAGGAGCUGAUGCCGCUGGUGGUGAAUGUGCUGGAGAACCUGGACUCGGUGUUCACCGAGAACCAGGAACAUGAAGUGGAGCUGGAGCUGCUCCGGGAGGACAACGAGCAGCUGCUCACUCAGUACGAGAGGGAGAAAUCCCUCCGCAAGCAGGCAGAGGAGAAAUUCAUCGAGUUUGAGGAUGCACUGGAACAAGAGAAGAAGGAACUUCAGACUCAUGUGGAGUCUUUGGAGUUACAGACCAGGCAGCUGGAACUCAAAUCUAAGAACUACGCAGACCAACUUACCAGAUUGGAGGAGCGGGAGGCGGACAUGAAGAAGGAAUACAACGCGUUACACCUGCGGCACACUGAGAUGAUACAGACUUACGUGGAACACAUCGAACGAUCCAAGAUGCAUCAAGUUGGAGGAAAUGCACAAUCUGAUGGAACGAUGACCGGGAGGAAUAAUCAUCGCCAACCAUGGAGAAAAAGUAGGAAGGAACGACCGAAUACUCUGGGCCCCCUCUUCCCUGUGCUGGACGGGAAUCUCCGUGGACAGCAAGUUGGUCGUAUCACUCCUGGUUCUGACAAUUGGCAUUUGAGUGAUCUAAGUCAGCCCCCAUCCAAUGGUAGCGGGAAGGAUGAUACCUUGGAGUCUGGCCAGUCGUCUGCUGCUGCCACCCCAAGUACCACAGGGACCAACUCCAACACCCCAACGUCAUCCGUCCCUUCUGCAGCUGUCACUCCGCUAAAUGAAGUAAUUAAUCCAAUCUACAACGGGGACGGAAAAGUCAAGAACCAGCGAAAGCGGGCGAAAGGUAAUAGCAGAAACAUGGAAGUCCAGGUCAACCAGGAGAUGAGGAACGUCAGCAUAGGAAUGGGAAGUAGUGACGAGUUGUCGGAUCUUCAGGAGAUUAUUGAUUCAACACCGGAACUUGAUAUGUGUCACGAUUCUCGCUUUGAAGGACGUGGAGGCAACAGCCCCACGCAAGGAAUCGUAAAUAAGGCGUUUGGGAUAAACACGGAAUCACUGUACCAUGAGCUUUCCACUGCUGGGUCAGAAGUCAUUGGCGAUGUGGACGAAGGGGCGGAUCUUCUCGGAAUGGGAAAGGAAGUUGAGAAUCUUAUUAUGGAGAACACUCACCUUCUGGAAACUAAGAAUGCUCUGAACAUAGUGAAGAAUGACCUGAUUGCCAAGGUGGAUGAGCUGUCGAGUGAGCAAGAGGUGCUGAAAGGUGAGCUGGAGACUGUCAAACAAGCCAAAGCCAAGGUUGAGAACCGAAUGAAGGAACUGGAGGAAGAACUGAAGAGGGUUAAGUCCGAAGCUAUUGUGGCCCUGAAUAACAAGGAAGGCAGAGAGGAACUGGAGGAUGUAAGCGAUGAUGUGCAGGUGGCCCAGAGGCGGCGUUUCACCCGGGUGGAGAUGGCGAGGGUGCUGAUGGAGCGCAAUCAAUACAAGGAGAGGUUAAUGGAGCUGCAGGAGGCUGUCAGGUGGACUGAGAUGAUCAGAGCUUCUCGAGAAUACCCAUCAAUCCAGGAGAAGAAAAAGUCAGGCAUUUGGCAGUUUUUCAGCCGCCUCUUCAGCUCCUCUUCUACAGCCCAGCCCACCAAGAGGCCACCGGUUCUUCAUUAUGCUGCUCCCAACACCUAUGGCUCUUCUGGCUUCACCAAGCGGCGGAGCCACACCAUGUCGCAGUUAUCUACCGCAGACCGAACACGUGCCAUAGACUUCCUGCCCGAGGAACAGAAAGUUCCUAAGGAGGAGAAGAAACCAGACCCAGAUAAUGAACAAGUCGACUGCACGUCGAGUGCUCGGCGGGAGCUGAAACGCGAGCAGUACCGCCAGGUCAGGGACCACGUCAGGAACGAUGAUGGCCGACUGCAGGCCUGUGGCUGGAGCCUCCCAGCCAAGUACAAACAGUUGAGUCCAAAUGGCAGCCAGGAAGACAAUCGCAUGAAGAACGUCCCAAUCCCGGUCUAUUGCCGUCCGUUGGUCGCAAAGGAUCCCACCAUGAAGCUUUGGUGUGCAGCCGGUGUGGAUCUGACCGGCUGGAAGCCCCAGCGUGUGGACAACGGGAAUGAGCUAGGCCGCUCGCGUAGCUGUGACCCCCUCACCUCCGACACCGAGAAGGAUGGGAAGAGUAGCAGCAGCCACAGCUCGCCCGAUAAAAACAAGAAGAUUUCCAGUGCUGAGGAUGUCUCGAGCAGGGUGUGGAUCUGCACUAGCACACACUCCACCAGUAAAAUUGUCAUCAUUGAUGCCAACCAACCUGGCACCAUUAUGGAUCAGUUUAUAGUGUGUAAUGCCCAUGUGCUGUGUAUCACCAGUGUUCCAGCUGCGAGCGAGAGCGACUAUCCGGCCGGAGAAAUAUUUUUAGAGGGAGACUUGAAUCCGGAUGAUUCCAGUGGAGCUGAAGGGGUAUUAGCAGGAAUCACCCUGGUAGGAUGUGCAACACGAUGCAAUGUCCCCCGGAGCAACAGCACAUCCAGAAGUGACACCCCAACUUCUGACAAAGGACAAAGUGAUAUGGCUACUGUUAAAGGCGGCAAGGUUAACCCACCACAAUCUGCUGAAGAAGCAACUGAAGCCACAGAAGCAACAGAAAACAGUGCGGGUGAUGCGGAGCCAACACUGGCCCGGCCUAGUGCCUACACAGAGCAUGUGUUCACAGACCCAGCACAGACAGAAGAUAAAACUCAGCUCAGGGAAAAUGGUCAACCCAAGGAGGAACCGAAUGCUGGCCAGUCGGUACAGGAGACAAAUAAUCGCAGCCCCAACGGAUCAAUUACAAGCGCUGCCCCGACCAUGUGGUUAGGGGCACAAAAUGGCUGCCUUUACGUUCACUCUGCUGUGUCCAAUUGGAAGAAGUGCCUCCACACCAUCAAACUGAAGGAUGCCGUCCUCAGUAUUGUACAUGUGAAGGGACGUGUUUUGGUGGCACUGAAUGAUGGAACAUUGGCUAUCUUCCACCGAGCUGAAGAUGGUCAGUGGGACCUGAGCAAUUACCACCUCAUGGACCUGCGCCGUCCGAACCACUCCAUCCGCUGCAUGGCUGUUGUGCACGACAAGGUCUGGUGCGGCUACAAGAACAAAAUCCACGUCAUCCAGCCUAAAACAAUGCAGAUUGAGAAAUCCUUUGAUGCACACCCGCGGAGGGAAAGCCAAGUGCGCCAGUUGGCGUGGAUUGGCGAUGGGGUUUGGAUCUCAAUUCGCCUGGAUUCCACUUUGCGCCUUUAUCAUGCGCACACACAUCAGCAUCUACAGGAUGUAGACAUUGAGCCUUACGUCAGUAAAAUGUUAGGUACUGGCAAAUUGGGAUUCUCUUUUGUGCGAAUCACAGCUUUGCUAAUUGGUGGAAACCGCCUUUGGGUGGGGACAGGAAAUGGAGUGGUUAUCUCUAUCCCAUUGACAGAAACUGUAGUUUUGCACCGAGGUCAACUGCUGGGGUUCAGGGCCAAUAAGACCUCACCGACCGGCAGUGAAGGAAACCGUCCUGGCGGAGUGAUUCGUGUGUACGCAGACGAGAGCAGUGACAAAGCCUCCAUUGGCAGCUUCAUCCCCUAUUGUUCCAUGGCUCAAGCUCAGCUCUGUUUCCACGGACAUCGGGAUGCAGUCAAAUUCUUUGCGUCUGUGCCAGGUAAUGUUCUGGCAACAUUGAAUGGCAGCGUGUUGGACAGUCCCACAGAGAAUCCAGGACCUACAGCCCCUGAGCAAGAGGAGAGAAAGCUGCAUCCUGUCUUAGUGCUCAGCGGAGGAGAGGGCUACAUUGACUUCAGGAUUGGUGAUGGUGAGGAUGAUGAGACAGAGGAAAGCUUGCCAGAUGGAAUAAGACCGGCUCUCUCCAAGGCAGAACGAAGUCACAUUAUCGUCUGGCAGGUGUCUUAUGUUCCCGAAUGAGAUGUUACUACCACAAAACUUAUCACUAAAUGCCUGCACUUCAUCUGUAUGUACAUAUAUACCCUGCAUUGUACCUGUCCGUGAAGGAAGCCUCUCAAAAAUCUAUAAAUCCUGUGGCAUUUCCAUCAUGUCCCCACUUUGGAUUGGUCAUUUGUUGAAAGUCCAUCACCUUUUGAAUUCAAUUUAAAACAAAGCGAUAUGAGAAAAUCCUUGCGAGUAGCUAACGCUGGGAUAUUUGUUUUGGAGACUGAACCCCUAUUUACAUUUAACCAAGUUAGUUGCUGUUCCAAGCACCUGUCUAUAUAAUUAACCUGUUCUUAAAAUUUUGAACUGACUCGAAAGAUGUGACUGUAAUGCAUACCAGGUGCUGGAGGAGGUAAUUUCACAAGGCAACUUUUCCAAUCUGUUCAAAUACACAUCUUUUAAAAGUUUAAUUCUGUUUCUAAAUAGGAUUUAAUUUCUUUCUUUCAAUUAUCAAACUUUACACCAUCCCCUCCCCCACCAAUGUUUUAUUAAAAGUUCACUCCCAAUAAUGUUCAUCAUUAAGUAAUCACCUGGAGCAGUUACUCCAUCAGUUGAGUUUUCCAUGAGGUUCUGCCAUUGCAAUAAAAUCCAAAGGACAGGUGAUGUAAGAGAGCUAGACGGAAUGGAUAGGUUUUCAGAAACAUCAUUAUGGGUCCCGUAAUAUGGAGCGAUAGAGAUACAAAGGCUGAGAAUUGAUGUCCUAGGAUGAUGAUGAUGUUCCAUGAUGCACCCAAGUCAGUUUUUAAGUCACUUUGAUAGAUUGGAAUGAUUACAGCACAUUGGAACCCUCUCAUUUUUUAACUACCCACCUGUUUACUUUGAAGGCAGCACCAUUGAGAAUGUUAUUUCUCCUUCAAGGUGGGCUUCCACACACAGCUCUGAGAAAUGAAUGUCGACCACUGUUCAUUGUAGCUGUCAGCGUUCUAGUUGACACUCGCCUGGGUUUGGUGGAACCUGCUAUUAUCUGUGUCAUUUUGUAACUGUAACUGACCCCAGAGAUAGGAAGCUAGGGAGUAUCAAUGGGAAUGCAUUCAUUUCAGAAUGUCAUUGGGUUCUGCAAAAUAUUCUGGAGCAAAAUGAGAGGGUUUUAAAGAUGGCAGUCACUUUCAAUUAACCAUUUUAAUAAGUUUUUUCGUAGAAUAUACAUCUCUUUGUAUUUUAAGUAGUUAUAUUUUGGGUUAUAUUUUGGGAACAAAAGAAUUGGUCUUGGAGAUCUAUGGUGGCAAUGCAAUAUGAUGAAGGACUUGGGCACAUGAUGUACAAUUUUCUGGAAGAGUAUCUUGGCUGGAUAGAUCUAUGGAUAGGUAGCUGUAGAUUGUGUGCAAGAUUGUAGCAAGUUAUCUCAAGGACACCUUGGCCCCUGGCCUAUUGGGUGAAAACUGUAGAAAGAUAUUUCAGUAUUCAUCAGCAACCCAUAUCAGCUACAUGUCACAGAAAUAUUCAUGAUGUACAUUCAUGGUGUUCCAGUAUUGAAUCAUUGAGUGAGAAACCAUAUGCUUUGAAGUUUGUUUUAACUUGCUCCCAGUUAUCCGUUAAAAAAGUAAAAGUGUCUUGAGAAAAAGAAGAGUAAAUCUUAAAAGGGAUCUAGUUAGUGCAAUGAUUACACACUGUGGCUCAUACUAAGGUAUUCAGUAUUACCUCCUAGGUUAUCCACAAACAGUCUCUACUACUCUUGAGGACCAGUAGUUUUAGUAUAUAGUUUUGGAAACAAAAAUCUUUAGUAUAGGUCUUGUCAUCUUUCUCAAAUUAAAUAAAUUGAAGACCAUAUUAAAGUGCAAACUGAGAACUGUUUGUUAAUGAGGAAGAAAAGGGAUUUGUUCACACCCUUAAGUGGGAUGAGUUAGAUGGUAUGACACUGAGUGAGGAAGUAAAGGAACAGAAUUGGAGCAAGUGAUUGUUGUUGGCUGGUGUGUUGGUGGUACCAGUGGAGAAGAUUGCAUUCUUCCUUCCUUGAGCAAAGGACAGCACAGCGGAAAAGUUCAGGAGAUGACUUGGAGCAAGUUUGCAAAACAAAGCAUUUAACUAAUUGUGUUGUUCAAAACGGACAGUCAGUUUUAUCAGUUCCUGUCUGAGCCAUAUGCUAAGAAUACGCAUAAGAACUGAGAGACUUCUCUGACCAGACAUCUUCAGUGGGUAUGUCUAAGUCAGCUGUGCUAGGGUAUAGAUAGGAAAACUGAGCAUGGAUUUACAGAGAUUCUCUUUUAAUUUGACCAUGUACAUAUCCUGGAAUACAUGUUAUAAAUGUUGUUAGUGAAUUCAAAACCUUUACAAUCAGUAAUUCUUCAGUAUAGAUAUCUACGUUCAUAUAACACACCACCCUCAGAGUAUUCCACACCUGCACCUUUCUUCCUUGAUGUAUUGAGGGUCAUUUUGACCAAGGGGCAGGAAGAAAGCUGAUAGGUUCAGUCAGUUUCAUUAUUCUGACCAAGAUGUAAAGUAAGAGUGAGUAAAUUUUGAAUGGAGCUGGCGGUCAGGUUUGGAAAUGGAGUUCAGAGGGGAAACAAAAUCCUGGUAGUGACUGGAGAUAAUGUGGUAGCAGUUCUUCAGAGGAAAUCUGCAUCCAACACAAGACAUUAUAAUCAACAUUGAUUUGGAAAUCAUCAGGGAUCUGCUUUUAUCCUCUGGCUACAUGAAUGCAUUAUGUUUGUAAUUUAUACUUGGCUCCCCUGUUGAGUAGGAGAUCAUUUUUCAGGGUCCACAAAGUAGAUUUAUGAAUCUUCUGGGAAUCCAGAACAUGUCCUCUGCCAGUAGAAAUUUGAGGUUUUUCUCAUGUCAUGUAAAGUAUCUCUUGUGUAUUACAGACUCGGGAGCGAGAGAUCCUGCAGUGUAAACUCUGUUGCUUCACGGCAGAGUACUGUACAAAAAGCUGCCUGGUGUAUAAUGAAAAGGUCGGGUUGGGUGUACAGAGAGGGUUGGCUUGUGUAAGGAUAUGUUCUGAGCUAUUUUCCCUGUGCAUUGUAAUUAACUUAAUUAACAUGUAAUUGUUCCAUAUGUAAUAAACCUAUUCACAUCAUAAAA